GACACCACUGGACCGGAUCUGCUUGGUGCCGUGCUGAAAGCUCACUUCUCGCAGGAACAGUGCUGCGUGACCAUGUUGCAGGCUGAGAUCAUGAAGCUGUCGAACCUCCUGAAGGAGUACAGCAGCAAGUUGCGGAUCAAGGAGCAUGAUGAGCUGGAUGCAUGCUCCCAGAAGACUCCUGACUGGGAGAAGGAGGUGAUCAUGAUCACGGAGCGCUACGAUGUGCCCCUCAACUUCCGCCUCAACUGCAGAUUCAUGAUCGAUGAGAAGGACAUUGCCUUGUGCCAUCAGUCCCAGUGCCCGCUUCCGACGUCAGUGUGCAGUUCGCAGACGUCCCAGGAGCUGGUAAACAUCGACGAGGACGCCAUCGUCUCUGAGCAAGGUGCCUUCUUCGAGACCCUCUUCCGCCGGCUGCCCCCGGUGCAAAGCAAAAGUUUCCAGCAGCUGCGAGAGGAAUGCAUCACUCUUCGGCAGCAGCUGUCGAGUACGGAGGGCAAUCUGCAGCUGGUCAACGACCUAGACAAAGCGGUGCAGCAGAUCACCGAACUCAUCGACGUGAGCGCGGAGCCGAAAGAGCUCCUGGACACCCUCGCUGAGCGGGUGCGCUCCCGCCAACGCCGCUUCCGAUAUCUCGAGGUGGUCGAGAGGAACGUCAAGGCUGCCAUCGUAGCGAAGUGGCAGUACAAGGAGGCCCGAGCUUGGGGCCUGGGAUGGAUGGAGUUCCGGGGUUCGGAGGCUUGCAGUGUCUCGUAG